AUGUCGUUAGAGGGCUACAAUGCCGGCGAUUCGUUACCGUAUCAGACUCCUAUACUCGCACUAUCGUGGAUGGCACCACCGCAGUGGACUACUCCGUCACUAGCGCCAAUCCUCUCUCGGAAACUUCGCCCCUGGGGUGCACUUCAGAAAAACAAAACACAACUAAUGAUACGUUCGUAUGAGCUUGGAGUACUCAUUCUGGAUCCCGAGCGAGUAAAACUACCAUAUGAUUAUCCUGUCGCAAAUACAACAGACACAAGCGAGUUCGCCAACGAUUUGUGUUCAUACUUGGCCGAAUAUCGUCUUCCGGAUGUCACCUUCUGGAUAGAUCGUAUUCGUAACUGUGACUUCAGUGGUAUUUCUGACCGCUUAGUGUAUUCCGUUCCGGGCUACCAUCAAUUUGACAAGUUGACUAAAUUCGGGCAUCCAUCGCUGGCUCGCCUUACUUCGGGAUCGUCCAGUUCCGAACCGUGA